CUUCUGCUAGUAGCCAUGAAAAUUCCAUCAUUCUCAACAAAAACCUCCAGGACUUCCAAAAUGCAGGUCGGCUUCCUGUCCUCAACCGCCUCCGCCCUAAUUCCCUCUCUCGCUUUGCUAUCGCCGCGAGCUUCAUAUCCGCAGCCGUUGCCGCCUCUUACGUGAUUUUUCUUGAUGAUGAUGAAUUUAAGGAAAAGCAACAAAAGGAGAAGCGUGGGUUUGGAGAUUUCACGAUUGACCGUUCGAACGAGUCGUUGAGGAGAAUUUUGGACACAAUGAAGCAUACAGGCAUUGCCGUUUCCGUUCUUUUGAAGUCGCUGAGUUCUGUUUUAUCUUCGGCCAACCAUGAAGUUCGGUCAGGGUUUGAGGGUAGGGUUGCGUCAUUGUUGGCGGAUAUUGUGGCUGCGGACGAGACCCGGAGGGCUGCGAUCGUAGGUGCUGGUGGCGGCAUGGUGUUGGAUUGGUUGUUGGAUUCGGUGGCCUUGAAUAGAGGGGGAAAUUAUGGGACUCAGGCGGAAUCGGCUAGGGCUUUGGCUUACUUGAUUGCUGACUCUAAUGUGUCUGAGGCUGUUCUCGGAAGGCCUCAUGCCAUCCCCAAUCUUCUCAAGUUCAUUUUCUCUGCUCAACCUCAUCCUUGGGAACAGCAAAAAAGGCCUAGUUCGUUCGGUAUUGCUGAUCCUUUGAAAGGCAGGAGCAUGCUUAUUGCAGCAAUCAUGGAUAUUGUCACUUCCAAUUGUGACAAUGUGGCUAAGGUCAAGCAUAAACCUAUGUUAUCUGGAAAAGCUGCAAUGAGAGAUAUUGCAGCUGCACUCCAGGUUGUUGAAGAAGGUGGCAUGUACUUGGAUGAACGACCAGGUAGUGAAGAUGAUGGAGAUGAUGGAACAGGAUUGAAGGGCAUUGGAAUUAAAGUUCUUGGAGGCACUACAAUAGUGGGCCUUUCUAGGAGGAAUGGGUCGAUGGAGCAAUCUGAUUCCUCUCCCUCAGCAAAAGUAAAAUCUACUCCUAAAACUAAAACAAUAUUGUUUAACAAAAUAAGUGAUAAUUCUGCAGCCCGCAAAAGUUUGUCAUUAACUGUUAUUCCGGGUCUAUGGGAUGAUUUGCAUUCUCAACAUGUUGCUGUUCCUUUUGCUGCAUGGGCUUUAGCAAACUGGGCAAUGGCCUCAGAUGUGAAUAGAUCCCAUAUCCAAGAACUGGAUCACGAUGGGAAUGCUAUCAUGAAUGCUUUGGUUGCUCCAGAGAGAUCUGUGAAAUGGCAUGGGAGUUUAGUGGCUAGGUUAUUGUUAGAAGACCAAAAUCUGCCUUCCGAUGAUUUUGUUCCCGAUUGGGGUUCCAGUCUUCUUUCUACUGUGUCCCAAGCGAGCAGAAGUGAUGACAUUCCUUUGACUCAAGUGGCUUUGUCUGCCUUCCUGUUAUCAAUUGAGAGAUGUCCUGGGGCUCAAAAGGCAGUUAUGGAGAAGAAUCUUUAUCUAAUGAGGGAAACUGCUAAAAGAAUGAAGAAUCACGAGUCUGUGCAAGAAGCAUUAGCAAAAGGUCUAGAAUUACUAUGUACACAGAACAUGCAUUUGUCUCUGGAGGAAGGAGAAAAGUGGUCGAGCAUUCUGCUUCAGUGGGUAUUUGGUGAUACUUCUCUUGAUGCUACCAGAUCUUCUGCUAUAAAAAUUCUUUCUCAUAUUCUUGAAGACUAUGCACCAUCUUCCAUACCAAUUUCUCAAGGUUGGUUAGCUAUAUUGCUGACUGACAUUCUGAAAUAUAAGAUGUCAUCGCUUAAAGGGAGUGCUCAGCCUAGGGACAAAGUGAAGACUCAAAUCGACCAGGCAAAUGUUAUAUCUGGCACACUGGCUGCUAACCAAUUAGCUAGUGCUGUGGUUAGUUUAGCAGUUAAUCAGCUGGGAACAGAGUUUGGUAAUGGUGAUUCAUCUGCUUUCGAGGAUCUUCUGUGUGUUGAGCCUUUUGUUGUACCAUUUAAAAAUCUGAAGAAAGACGGUGUGCCCAAAGUCAAUGCUGCAGAUUCCGCACUUGCAACUCUUAAGGGGAUCAAAACUAUGUCUGAAAUUUGUAGUGAUGACUCGUUUUGUCAAACCAGAAUAAUUGAUUAUGGUGUAAUUUCGUUACUACGCCGCCUCUUAUUGAGAGAUGAUUAUGAGAAAUUAGCAGCAACUGAAGCAUACAAUGCAUCAACAGAUUUGGAAUCCGGGGAUCAAUCUGCAAAUGUUCCAGAUGCUCGUGACCGUGUUCCGCCUGUAGCCCACAUCCGCAGGCAUGCCGCUAGAUUUUUAGCCGUACUAUCAGUCCAUCCAAAAGUUAAAAAAAUGAUAUUAAAUGAUAAAGUUUGGUGUGAGUGGCUUGAGGAAUGUGCAAAUGGGAAAGUUUCUGGAUGCAAUGACCUCAAGACUCAAAGCUAUGCUAGAGCAACAUUGUUAAAUAUUUUUUGCAAUGAUGAUGAUGAUGCCAGAGAUACUGUAAAUAGUAGUGUUUCAUAUAAAAAGCAUAGGUGCCGUCAUUUUACUGAGAUGAUCUAUUUAAUUAACCCGAACCUGCCUCACUGGAAAUAUCCUGUAAAAGAAAGGCGGGAUUCUGCUGUGGGGACAUCAAUGGAGAAAGAAAAGCCAAUUAAUCCAUUUUCAGAAAUCGAUGAGGAUGAUCUUGAUGGUGAUAGUAGCCCCUUAACAAAAGAUCCAGUUGAUAAUACGAACAGUAGAUCAGUGAGUCACUUGGAUCCUUCACUUGACGUUGUCUUUGUCCAUGGUCUGCGCGGUGGACCAUUCAAGUCUUGGCGAUUUUCUGAGUGCAAGUCUUCAUCGAAGUCUGGACUUGUAGAGAAGAUUGACGAAGAGGCAGGAAAGCAAGGCACUUUUUGGCCUGCAGAAUGGCUUUCAUCUGAUUUCCCCCAUGCCCGUUUGUUUAGCAUAAAGUACAAGACAAAUCUUACACAGUGGUCUGGAGCAAGUUUGCCCCUUCAGGAAGUCAGCUCCAUGCUAUUGGAAAAGCUAAUUGCUGCAGGCAUCGGAGAUCGACCGGUUGUAUUUGUCACUCACAGCAUGGGGGGUUUGGUUGUUAAGCAGAUGCUGCACCAGGCUAGGAUGGAAAAUAGAGACAAUCUUGUCAAUAACACUGCUGGUGUGGUGUUCUAUAGCUGUCCACACUUUGGUAGCAAGCUUGCAGAUUUGCCUUGGCGAAUGGGUUUUGUUCUACGCCCGGCACCAUCGAUAGGAGAGUUGAGACGUGGAUCUCCAAGAUUAGUGGAGCUUAAUGAUUUUAUUCGUCGCCUACACAAGAGAGGGUCUCUUGAUGUUCUCAGUUUUUGCGAGACUAAAGUAACUCCAAUCGUUGAAGGCUAUGGGGGUUGGGCCUUCAGACUAGAAAUCGUUCCAAUUGAAUCAUCAUAUCCUGGAUAUGGGAAACUUGUGGUUUUAGAGUCGACGGAUCACGUAAAUUCAUGCAAACCCAUAAGCAAAAGUGAUCCUUCUUACAAUGAAACUCUACAACUUUUGCACAAACUUAGAGCACGCGUGGAUGAAAAUACAUAUUCAAGAUGUACAUAAUUAACAACAGUCCCUGCUAGAUGUACAGAUAUACAUAGCCAUUAGCCAUUAGCCAUUAGCCAUUAGCCAGCCAUAUAUAAAGAGUAGCAAUCAUGGUCUGCUGCCAGACUUGUAUGAGCCCAAGAUUCUGGGCAUUGUAUACAACAGCAACACGAUGGAGACUAGUAGCAGGUUCAGACUUGAAUUGGCAUUGUCUUGAGGAUAGAUAUAGCAUCAAGAUUACAUUUUUACCCUUGCCACAGUCUAUUUUCUGGUGGGCAUUUGGGUAAACAGUUGUGCCCUUUCUGUGUAUUUUUUAAGGAAAGGCUCUGCUGUUGGGGAUGUUACCCUCUUCUUGAAAGAGAGAUUCUGUAUAUUAGAGAUACUUUCUUGUAUAUAUCAAUUGAAUUUAU